GAGGGAGUUUGCCUUCGUGUUUUUGGAGGGGACUGGGGUAUCCCCACAGUCCGACCGGAUGUCGAGCCCAAUCAUGAACUUAAUUUCAGGGUUCCGGAGAUGUCCGAAGAGGAAGCCAUUGCGGCCAUUUACCUACAAACCGAGGCCCAAAUUGUUCAAGGGGGGGAGGUUUAUGUUGCCAGCAACUGGAUACCGAGCUGCCGCUUGUUCAAGAGCGAGCACUUGCUGUCGGCGGUCGGGCUAAGCCGGACAUUUCCCAGGGGUAAUCGGCCGAGGGGGUUGUUUAACUUGUUUUUUGUUUGCACUUGCAAUUUCUCAUACUUGGUUGUUUUUGCAGCUUGCUCUUUGACACGUCUUUUGGAAUCCGACCCGGAAAUGGCUGAAAAGUUGAACUAUGCGGCGAUGAGGGCGGCCCAGCUCAAAGCUGAAUUGAAGGCCAAGAAGAUCGGAGUUCCCAACCCUCCAAAGGAUCCGUCGAAGCCCAAAGCUUCGAAGAAAAGGAAGGAGCGGGAUCCACAGAAGGUGGCCAAGUCCGAGAAGGCGCUGGCCAAGGCUCAGGAGGAAAAGGCUAAAAAAGCCAAGUCCGUUGAAGUUAAUAGUCCCCGACCGGAGGAGCGGGCAGACAGGUCUGAGGGGACUCGGAUUUCGGUCCACUCUGAGGACUUCCGACCGGUUCGGAGCCCUCAGUAUACACCGGCUACCCCUCGCCAUCAUGAUGACCCCGAGGAGCUCAACCUCGCGCUGGCCAAACCGUUUGCCGAAUUGGAUGCCCACGGGCUCGACACCCGCUGGAUGAAUGCGGUCGAGUGCCUGUACAGUCCCACCGACCGGGAGUACAUUGCACAGUCCAGUGGCCCGGAGGAGACGAACGACCUCUUCCGCAGCUGGGUUGAGUUUUCCGCUCGGCUGGUUAACGUGGCUCGGAAUAAGGUGCACCUGGCCGACAAGGUCUCUGACUUGGAGACACGAGGCAAGAAGCACUACGAGGAGCUCCGCGCUGCUAAGGAGGGCCAAAGGAUAGCUGAGGCCGACCUCGUCAACGCCAAACGCUGCAUCGACCGGGACCAAAAGGACUUCAAGGCCGAGCGGGAGCAGUGGGAAUUGGCUAAGCAGAAACUCAUCAAGGAGAAAGAUGAGGCGGUGAUUGCCAAGACUGCUGCCGAAGCCCGAGUGGUGGAGGCGGAGAGCCAAAUCACCCAGCUGCGAUUCCAGCUUGCCGAGCUGGAGAAGGCUCCCACGACCGAGGACCAAUGGUUUGCAGGUUGGAAGGAGACCAAGGCCUGCGAACUGUUCGUCAAUGAGGUCGGCUCAACCGCCCAGCAAAUGGGGGUAGAUGGUGCCCUCAAAAGAUGAAGCGGCCCUGGAGAGAUCUCAU